UGAAGCGUGAAGAGAAACAUAUUACUUAAAAGACACUGGAUGGAGACGUUAGAUCCGGGAACUGCUGUCCGUGUUGGUCAGCAUACCGUGGAGGUAGCAGGGUACUUAGCAGAAGGUGGAUUUGCCCGUAUAUACACAGUGAAGCUGAAACCAGAUGAUAAACCAGCGUGUCUGAAAAGGGUUAUUGUGAAGGAGAAAUCGGAUCUAAACCAAUUGAGGAAUGAAGUUGAUACUAUGAAGAGGCUAACGGCGUGUCCAUACAUCGUUCGCUAUUACGACUCAAACGCUGAAAAGUUGGCAGACGGUACUUAUGAAGUGCUUGUGCUGAUGGAACUGUGCUCAAGCGGUUCCCUGUUGGACUACAUGAAUGCCAACAUCAAGACAAAAUUGGACGUUGGUAGAAUUACAAAGAUAAUGUACCAGAUAACAACGGCACUUGAUUACAUGCACUCAAAGAAUCUGAUCCACAGGGACCUGAAGAUUGAGAAUGUAUUGCGAGAUUCUAACGGCGUCUUCAAACUGGCUGACUUUGGUUCAGCGAGUUCCUUCAUGCCACCUCCGAAGAAUCAGGAGGAAGUUCAAAUGGUUGCGGCUGAUAUCAUCCGGAAUACCACCCCUCAGUAUAGAGCCCCAGAAAUGAUCGAUCUGUACAAGAGCUUACCAAUUGACAAUAAAUCAGACAUGUGGGCAUUGGGUGUCUUCCUCUACAAGCUGAUGUACUACACAACACCUUUCGAAAGUCAAGGUGAAUUGGCUAUAUUACACGGUUACUUCCAAUUUCCCGAGACCAUGCAAUACCCUUCAAGGUUAAAGAAUUUGGUGAUUAUUAUGUUACAAGUGAAUCCAAUCAUAAGACCUAACGCUUACCAGGUGUUGUACGAGAUAUGUGAUAUGAUGGGAGUCCCUGUCCCAAUUGAAGACCAUUAUGGACUGGAGUUCAACAAGAGCAGUUGGAAUUGGAACAGAGAUAUCUCAUGA